CACCCCUCAACUAUCUUCGAACUUUCUUACUUUACACAGUAUCUCUCCCCUUUUCUCUGCUGUUUCUCUUUCCUAGAUGGGCCAUGCACGUUUCCACUUUCACAUCAAACUUCUUGCAGGAUUCUCUUUAAAGCCGAAUGCAAUCUACAACUUUUUUUUUUAUUUCAUUUACUUAAUCAUUUAAAACAUGUUAUGUUUCCAAGAAGGUUGGAUUCUCAUUGUGGUGAAGUUUCUUUUCUUUCUGACAAGCAGACAUGCUAGUGCUUUUCUGCAGAGCAGUUACCACUUUCCAGACCAGGAACAAGAAAACUUUGUCAAGACUCAUAAAGAAUUCGAUGUGGUGCAUCCUAUGAAAGUUGACUGGGAUGGAGUGUUUGUGUCUCACAGUUUAACCCAUCACAUCAACAAACACAGGAGAAAAAGAGACGCGAGAACAACGAACGCUCGGGUCUACUACAGAAUUCACCACAAGGGCCAGGAUUUGCUUUUUAAUCUUACUGUUAACCAAAAUCUACUUUCCCAUGGCUACGUGUUAGAGAGAAGAUACGGAAACCUUACUGGUGCCAAGAUGCAACCGCACUCAGAGAAUUCCUGUCAUCUCACUGGCACUGUUACUACGUGGAAGCAGGUCAACAAGGACAUUGGGUCGGCGGCUGUCAGCACCUGCAGCGGAUUGAAUGGAUUCUUCAGGUUAUCUAAUGGACAUUAUUUUAUUGAACCCAUUCGUAACUAUCAUCAGGAGGAGGGGGUGCAGCACCCACAUGUCAUCUACAGGAGGCAUUUUCCACAGUCGCCCCACAGGCAGCGACGUGACAUCCACUCAGGAGACAAGAUGAUGUGUGGACUUAAAGAUUCCACUAGAGACUUUUUGAAUGUAGAAAGGCAAAGAGAAAGCUGGGAGAGAAAACACCGGAACAACCACCGUCGAAUUUCCCAACGCUCUGUCAGCAAAGAACGAUGGGUAGAGACUUUGGUUGUGGCUGACUCCAAAAUGAUAGAGUAUCAUGGAAGUGAAAAUGUAGAGUCCUAUGUCUUUACUAUUAUGAAUAUGGUUGCUGGGAUAUUUCACGACCCGAGCAUUGGCAACGCAGUUCACAUUGUGCUCGUGCGGCUUAUUCUACUGGAAGAGGAGGAGAAAGGGUUAAAGAUUGUCCACCAUGCAGACAACACCCUCUCGAGUUUCUGCAAGUGGCAGAAGAGCAUCAACCCUAAAAGUGAUACCCAUCCAGCUCACCAUGAUGUUGCAGUGCUUAUCACCAGAAAAGACCUAUGUGCUGGGAAGAACCAGCCAUGUGAGACACUGGGACUCUCCCAUCUUUCUGGAUUGUGCCAGCCCCAUAGAAGCUGUAAUAUCAAUGAAGACUCAGGGCUCCCUGUAGCAUUCACAGUUGCACAUGAACUGGGCCACAGUUUUAGUAUCCACCAUGAUGGGCAGGGAAAUGACUGUGAACCAGUUGGAAGACACCCCUUCAUCAUGUCCCGCCAACUACAGUAUGACCCUUCACCCCUGACAUGGUCACACUGCAGCAAGGAGUACAUUACCCGCUUCUUAGAUCGUGGCUGGGGCUCAUGUUUGGAUGAUCGUCCAUCUAAAAAAGACCUGACAGCCCCCAUUGUCGCCCCUGGAGUUCUGUACGACAUCCACCAGCAGUGUCAACUCCAGUAUGGACCCAACACCACCUUCUGUGAUGAGGUUGAGAAUGUAUGCCAGACCCUCUGGUGCUCAGUAAAUGGAUCAUGUCGUUCCAAGCUGGAUGCAGCCGCAGAUGGUACCUGGUGUGGAAAGGAAAGGUGGUGCCUUUCUGGAGAGUGUGUGGUUGUGGGGAAGCGCCCUGAUAAAAUGAAUGGGAAAUGGGGCAUGUGGAGUUCCUGGUCCCACUGCACACGGACCUGCGGUGCUGGAAUUCAGUCUGCAGAGAGACAGUGCAACAACCCACAGCCGCAGUUUGGAGGCAAGUACUGCACAGGAGAGCGCAAGCGGUAUCGAAUAUGUAACACCAAAGCCUGUCCCCAGGACAGGCCCACUUUCAGAGAAAUGCAGUGCAGUGAAUUCAACACGGUGCCCUACAAGAAUGAGCUGUAUGAGUGGAUCCCAGUCACUAACACCUUAAACCCCUGCGAGCUUCACUGUCGGCCUGUUGAUGGACAAUUUUCUGAGAAAAUGUUGGACGCUGUCAUAGAUGGGACCUCAUGUUUUGAUGACAAUAACAGCAGAAAUAUCUGUGUCAAUAGUGUUUGUAAGGACGUAGGAUGUGACUAUGCAAUCGACUCCAAUGCUGUUGAAGAUCGCUGUGGGGUGUGUCUUGGAGAUGGUUCUGGCUGUCAGACUGUGACAAAGAUGUUUGAUGCAAGUGAAGGGUCAGGGUACGUUGACGUGGGCUUGAUUCCGAAGGGUGCGAGGGAUAUAGUAGUGAUAGAGGUCGAGGAAUCUGGAAACUUCUUGGCCUUGAGGAGUGAAGAUCCAGAGAAGUAUCACCUGAAUGGCCAAUUCAUUAUCCAGUGGAAUGGAGAAUAUAAAGCAGCUGGAACAACUUUUUUCUAUGAGAGAAGUGGGAACCUGGAGAACCUGACUUCACCAGGACCAACUAAGGAGCCUGUGUGGUUACAGCUGCUUUUUCAGGAGAGAAACCUGGGAGUGAAAUAUGAGUACACUAUAAAAAAACACCAGAAAAAAGAAAAUGAGGUUGAAGAACCAGAGUAUAUAUGGAAGUAUGGAGCCUGGACUGACUGCACUGCCACUUGCGGGACAGGAGUUCAACGACAGCCUGUCAGAUGCAUAGAGAAGGGGAGUGGGGUGGUGGAAGAGACAUUGUGUAACCCAGAAACACGCCCUGAAGGCAGGCAAAAGAAGUGCAAAAACCAGGACUGCCCAGCACGGUGGUGGGUUGGGGAGUGGCAGGCCUGUUCCAUGACCUGUGGUCCUUCUGGUCUCAAGAAGCGCACAGUCUUUUGUAUUCGAACAGUUGGGGCUGAAGAACAGGCACUGCCGCCUUCAGAGUGCAGGCACCUACUCAAGCCAAAGCCCCAGGUGCCAUGCAAUAGAGAUGUGCUGUGCAGCUCACAUUGGGUUGUGGAUAACUGGAGCGAGUGCUCAGUUACAUGUGGGGGAGGAAUACGGACCAGAGGAGUGACUUGUCCCUCAACUGCUAAAAAGGCUUGUGAUAUUUCAAAGAAACCAAAUUCCAAAUCGCUGUGUGGUCUUCAGAACUGUCUUUCUAAUAAGAAAUAUUCUUCUCCUCUGUUUCCAAAAAUAAGAAGAAUAGUCCAUGAAAGCCUACCCCGAAACCCAUCUCAAAAGCCCAUUGGUGCUCCUUCUGGAAAAAUUAUCUGGCCCAAACUGACCAGGAAUAACCUCACCAUAACAACAACUAGUCAGCCUUUUCACACCACUCAACCAGCCACUGUUGCAACUUCUUUUAUCCAAUAUAGUAUGGGUGCUAUUACGAAAGAUAACUUAGGUGGUGAAGAUUAUGAUUACAACUUCAUCACUUUUGGUAAUUCAAGCACAAGGAAGUCUCCCAGACCACUGAGCAGCAAACCACCUGACCCCUCAUUGAAAGACAAAACGUUGAAAAACUUAACACCCGGUUAUGACUACAUUACAGAUGACUCUACCUUUGUCUCUGGUGAGGUGGAUGGAACACCAGAGGAAAAUACUAGUCCUUCAGACUAUUAUAGAACUACUGAACCAAGUUUGCCCUCUGCCAGGAACUCUGUGGAUGCAUCCCCAUGUUAUCGAGUUACAUCUACCAGAAAGCCUGGCAUUAAACUAGAUCAUAAACAAAAGCCAAGUACAACUACAGGAGUGCCUGUAACCACUCAAAUCAUUCACCCAAAUGCAGAAAAGACGACAAAAAGUAACCAUAUAAAUGUAACUGUCUUUCCUAAAGUUAAUGUCUUAAAAGCUAAACCAAGGAAUACGGCAGAUCAGGGGGAAUCAACCACUACCACUCAAAUCCCAGAAGGUUACAGCGCUAAACAAGGAGACCUCUUUACCAUCACUUCAGACAAUAAAAACUUUGACACCAGGGACCAUUUAAAAAAUUAUGUUUUUUGGGUUGUGGGCAACUGGAGUGAGUGCUCUACAACUUGUGGACUUGGAGCAGUUUGGAGAACAGUCAAGUGCAGCACUAAUGAGGAGUCCCACUGUGAAAACAUCAAAAGACCGGACCCUGCCAGAAGGUGUCAUCUCCGCCCAUGCACAACCUGGAAAAGUGGAAAUUGGAGUAAGUGCUCUGAAAACUGCCAAGGUGGCACAAAAUCACGAGAUGUGCAAUGCAUAGAUGCUCAGACAACACGACAGCUCCGACCUUUCCACUGUCAGCCUCUUGGAUAUAAGCCUCCUACUACCCUGGCUUGCAAUCGGGAAUCCUGUUUGGAAUGGCAGCAGACACCAUGGAGUGAGUGUUCAAAGAGUUGUGGGUCUGGCCAUUGGGAGCGACUUGUCUAUUGCCCGAAAUACAAUCGUUGCAACAUGAAAGAAAGGCCUAACAGUACUGAACCCUGCAAUAUUCAACCCUGUACCAAGUGGGUCACGGAUGCUUGGGAAGAGUGUACAGUCCCCUGUGGUGGAGGUGUGAAGCACAGGAUUGUGAAAUGUGUAAAUGAGGAAUCCAAGACAGUAGAAGACAGACGCUUUUGUGAAGCGAAGACAAGACCUGCAGCUCUCCAGAACUGUAACCAGCAUAAGUGCAAAAAUAAUAAAGCUCCUUCCUGCAUCAAAGACAGCCUGUCCACUAGAUUCUGUGAGAAGCUGAGGUUGCUUGGAAGGUGUUCGUUGAUAACGAUACAGAAGCAGUGCUGCCUAACCUGCCUCAGUUCAUAUCAGACUCUGGAUUCCAGAUAAGCAGACUCUGUGACUCUGCAACUUCCACUGAAAUCAUAAGGAAAGUGUUAUCUGUAUUUCCAAACUGACUUGAACCCUAAAUGUUAUUCUUGGCACAGAAUAUUCAAACUUGGGUUUAAUAUACAUAUUUUUCAUUGUGCCUCGUUGUUUUGUUUGUUGUAUUAACUGCCUCAACACAUCAUUAAAAAUGUUCACAUAUACUGUAAUAUACAGUAUACAUAUGUUUGCAGGCAGAUUUCAACUGCGGUCAUAUACAGUUUGUUUUACAGUUUGUCAGUAAAGAGCCUUAGACCCCAUAGAAGCAUCUGUCUAAUCGGUACACAAUGUGAAUGGAGGGUAUACAAACUCAAAAUCAGGCAUUCUCAUAUUCUAUUGGAUUAUUAAAAGUUCAGCCAAGAUCCCAAACAUUUGUUUUCAUCUGAGCCGUUUCCACACUUACAAGUCUGCUUAAUAAAUAGUUUAUAUUAGUUAUAUUAUAUGGUCAUAAUAAAUUAUGGUUCUGCUUAAGGAUCUUAGGGUUUCAUGGGGCCUGCUGGAUUGAAUUGACUACAUCCCAGAACUGUUAAUACUGGCUUGAAAUCAACAAAUAGAAAUCAUGUAGCACUUUGUAUUACUUAAAAAGUUUCCCUCCAAUACACCAAAAUCUAACUAGUCUUUUUGACCACAGCUGAGUUAUAUAUGUUAGGAUUAAGUAAUUGCUUUGUGAGAUACACAUGCAUAUUCUCGUAAUCCAUCUUGUUGAAUACAGUGUAUUUCAUUUGGAGAUGUGUAUGCAUGUUCUGUACAGGCAGUGAGAAAAGCACAGUGCCUGUGAAUUCUUACUUUUUUCAUCAUUGAGGUGUGUAUCUAGUAAGUAGACGUGCUUUACAUUAGAUUAGAUUUCAGUGUUACUGUACAGGCUAUAGGGUUUAAAACACAACGCAUUACUUUCUGCUAUGUUGUACGUAUUCCUGCAAUAUCUUUUUUUAACAUAAUUGCAAUUGUUUUGAUAUUUUUAUCAACAUAUUCCAACAUAAAUCAGUUUUGAGUAGUAAUUUUUGUUUCAGAUCGUUUAUGCAUUGGGUCUUCUCUUCAGAAUAGCUUUUGAAUUCACAACAUCGGCAGGUUGAAUUCAACCUGUUCAGAAACAUUUAAUUGGUUCCCACCCAAUUCCUCUCAUAAAAUUCAACAUUUUGAAUGGUUCAUCUGUCCGUUAGCUUUGCCAGGAUUCUCCCUGCUCACACAGGUUCAGAGGGGCGGGAACAAGUUUACAAAUAUACAUGACAAACCCUGUAUAGUCACAUCGGCUUUACAGCAAAGAUGCAAGAUGCCUCCAACUUUAUGACUAUGUAUGUUUGUACUCAAAAUGUGCAAAAGACACUGUUGCACGGAACACUUUAUAACCUAGGCAGUGAAAUCUGCUGUCCAUCUAAACACUGUUGUGUUAGUUUGUAGAGUCCUUGCUUUAGGUUUUAUUACUGGUUCUUAUUCUAUAAAUCAUCCAAAUGCAGUUAAAGAAAGAAGAAAAAAACAUUUCAAAUGAAAUAUGUAUGCCUGGAUAUACAGGAUGGGUAAAACAAUAGCCCAUUCAAUGCAUAACAUUCUUAAAUUAAGAAAGUUGUCAAAGCUUUAAAAUCCAGUCAACUUAGUGGCCACUUGAUUGGACUGUCAUUCAGUAGAUAUUGCCCAUGUUGUAUAAAGUUUUCCCUAUGUGUGUUUGUGUGUGUGUGUGUUUCUAUAUAUUAUUAGUUUGAAUCCAUUCUAAUCGUCUUUUUUUUUUUUUUUUUUUUUUUUUUUUUACUUUUAAGGUCAACCUCAUGUUUUAAACAAGUUUACAAAUGCUUUAGCUGAAACAUCGCCAUUUAAAAAAAUACUUUUAAUAAUAUACAUUUAGAAGCCUGUACAAAACAUAACCUUGCCUACAAUGAAAAUAGUUUUGCUGAUACAGUAUUUUUCCUGGCAAAAUGUUCCUUUAAUGGUGCUCUUCAACAAGGUGCUGUCAUUUUUUUUAAUACAAUAGGUGUUGCAGGUCAGCACCAUUUUUUUUUAUUAAUUACUGUAUGUUUAUAUAGUGUUUUUAUAAAUGUGUGCUUUUAUUAUUUUAUAACUAGCUUUAACAAGAUGCGUGUAAUGAUUAAGCAUGCCCUUACAGAAAUGCAUAACAAUCUGUCAUAUUUCCUCUGUUUACAGUGUAAGUAAGGUGCUAUUCCAAUGUACUGAAUUCAUUAUUUCAUUUCAAGGUGAAGUCUCUAUGCUAUUUGUACUCAUGUAGGUGUUUCCUCCCAUGAUUUGUUGGUUUAUUUACUCUGGGGUAUAAUGGCAUGAACUGUUAUUAAAUUGUUGUUUUGUGGCAUACAGUCUACCAGUAAAUCUUCAGAUGUUAGUAAUAAUAUGAUACAGAGUUAAAGCAAUACAAGACAAAUGGGUCCUAAUCACAAAGCUUUAACUUAUUGAAUACGUUUUUUCACAGUGUGUUUUAUGAAUAAUGUAAACUCAAGCUUAAGUCAUCAAUAACCUCAGUAAGCUGACAGGGUGACAUUCUACAUUCUAAAAUAAUGUAAUGUUUGUUUGUUUUUUCAUUGAAAAAUGUUUGAAGGGAGAUUUUGGAUGAAAAUCACUUUGUAAUGAUUAAUAAAAAAUACAAAUAAAACAGUUUCGGUCAAAGUUGCAGGAGUUCAAUUAGGCUGUGCAGUUUUCAGUUAUUUGUUGUCACAGUCAUUGAUUGCUGUUAAGCUGCAAAAUCCUGCAGCGCUAGAACAACUGAUACAAAAAUAACAGCAGGGCUAAUAAUGUAAGUCUGCAAGGCAAAGGGAGGCUAUGUGGUCCAGUGGUUAAAGAAAAGGGCUUGUAACCAGGCAGUUCCCAGUUCAAAUCCCACCUCAGUCACUUACUCAUUGUGUGACCCUGAGCAAGUCACUUAACCUCCUUGUGCUCCGUCUUUCGGGUGAGACGUAAUUGUAAGUGACUCUGCAGCUAAUGCAUAGUUCACACACCCUAGUCUCU